GGGCGCGGCGCGGGAUGGAGCUGAGCCCCGGCGUGCAGAAGAUGUCGGUGAGCCAGCCGCAGUCGGGAAGAGGUGUGCCUUGUUUACGCUGCAGAGGGACGUGCACAGGCUUCGAGCCACAUUCUUGGAGGAAAAUCUGCAAGUCAUGCAAAUGCAGCCAGGAGGAUCACAGCCUGAGCUCGGACAUGGAGGACGAUCGGAAAAUUGGGCGCCUGCUGUCGGACUCCAAGUACGCCACGCUCACCGCCCGGGUGAAAGGAGGUGAUGGCGUUCGCAUUUACAAAAGGAACCGCAUGAUCAUCACCAACCCCAUCGUCUCUCGGAAAGACCCCACCUUCGACACCAUCACGUACGAGUGGGCUCCACCGGGGCUCACCCAGAAGCUGGCCAUGCAGUACAUGGAGCUGAUCCCGAAGGAGAUGCAGCCGGUGGCGGGGACGGACGGGGCAUACUAUCGCCGGCGGCAGCUGAUGAGACAACUCCCGCUGUACGACCAGGACCCGUCCCAGUGCCGCGGCCUCGCCGAGGGCGAGCUGAAGCUGAUGGAAGACUUUGUGAAGAAGUACAAAGCCGAGGCGCUGGGCGUUGGGGAGGUGGCGCUGCCAGGCCAGGGCGGCGGUGGGAAGGAGGAAGGGAAGCCGCAGGACAAGAGCACCGGUGCCGGCAAACCCCCCGAGUCCACCAACGGGGCCCUGGAGAGCGCGCCCGCGGGAGGGCACUACCGCUGCGAGACCUGCAAGCAGGCGGUGCCAGGGGACUGCCCGGUGGUGUACGCCGACCGGGCGGGAUACUCCCGGCAGUGGCACCCAGCGUGCUUCGUGUGCUGCCGGUGCUCCGAGCCCCUCGUCGACCUCAUCUACUUCUGGAAGAGCGGGGCCGCCUGGUGCGGGCGCCACUACUGCGAGAGCCUCCGGCCGCGCUGCGCCGGCUGCGACGAGAUCAUCUUCUCGGAGGACUACCAGCAGGCAGAAGGGAUGGCCUGGCACAAGAAGCACUUUGCCUGCCUGGAGUGCGAGACGCUGCUGACCGGCAAACCCUUCGCUCUGGACAACGCCAGCCUCCUGUGCACGACCUGCAGCAAAAGCAAACGCCUCUGAGCGGGGAGCAGCUCGGGGGUGAAGCGGGCUCCCCGAGGUCCCACCAGAACUGGGGUCAUUUGACAAGUACAUGAGAAGGGGAAGGUUAAAAAAAAAAAAUUAGAGCCUGGCUAUUCACUUGCAAGCAACUAAGUGCCCCCUUGCAUCUGAUACAGCUUGCAGGAGAGCAUUUCCUUGGGGAGGAAGCAAAGGAAACUCGUACGCCUGCGGGUGGGAGGUACACGGCAUAUCUGACUAGGAGGGACUGAAAAGGAGGUUCUGUGUUGUGCUGGGUUUUUUUAUAAAGUCUCUCCAAGCUUCUUAUGACUUAAGAUCUUGCAAUAGUCUUUUGGAAAUAACGCAUCUCAAAAGUAACUUUUGGCAUACUAAACCUACAGUCAUGGUCAAAAACAAGGGUUGUUAGUAUUUUUUUGAAAUCCAUACUGGAAGUUUACACUAACAGGCUGCUGACAACUGUACUAAAGCAAUGGGUUUGAAGAAUGUGAUUAACCUGGGUGAUUACUUUCUGAAAGCAAAUGAUACAAAAUUGCAGCAACAUGUAGCUGUAGCUUUCUCCUCCUAAGUGUACAAUAAUGUAAAAAUAACGAGUUGGCACACAGGGCGAUUGGUUUAACCCUGGCGAGAUGGGAAGGGUGCAGCUCUGCCCUGGGGCAGCCGACUGGCCCAACCCCUGUGAGCUCUAGCCCUGAAAUGAAAACGGGAAUGCAAAAGCAUUCCUGGCAGGUCCCACCGACCGGGCUCCUCGGCCUCUCGCCUGCCUCCGACUGCCUGUUAUUGCAGGCGAGCGUGUUUCCACAGAGCGGCAUUGUGUCCCUACCGCCAUGCUGGAGGUCGUUAAGCAUUUAAAGUAUGGGCCUUUAUUUUGGCUGGGUUUGCCAGGAAUUUUAUGGAAAACAGCUUUCCAGCCUAAGCUGUCUUGGGGGUGGGGGGGUGCCUGAAAUGCUGCAAUGCCAGUUUUUCCCUGUAAUACGUCAAUGAGUCCCUCCAAGUACCAGGGAACCAUACCUUCCCCUCGGAGCCGGCAGCACCCUCGCCCUGGGCUCUGCCCUGCUCCUCGUCCCGCAGCUCUCCCAUCCCAAGGGGAGGUCCCUGUCACCUUUUGGAUCUGAUAGGGGUGACACCAUCCUAGGAUCCGGCACUGAGUCUCUGCGGAUAGUAUUUGUUCCCUACAUCAAGCAAUGCUUCUGGUAGUCACUGAAAAUAUCAGAUAGUCCAGGCUGGCAGAUGUCUGUGUGCUCGGUCUUUUUUCUUAUAUUAAAUGUCUCCAUUAUUUGCCAGAGAACUGGAAUUUUUUUUUUUUUUUUUGCAGAGGUGAGUGUGCAAGGAGCUCACAAUUGCUAGGUUUUUCUUUCUGCUACAGAAGACGCUGGUUUCUCUUUAAAGCAUGCUCCAUGCUGUGGAUGUUUGCUUGCUUAUGAUAAAAUAACUUGCCAAUGCGAGUUGGGGGAAACUGUACCUGCUGCAGGGUUAGAGCAUGCGAGCUGCGGGCCGGACCCUGCCGCCUGCCUCGGGGGCUGCCCCGCUCGGCUGCUGGGCAGGAGCAGGCCAAGUCCAUCGCUGUCUUUGGGUAGGUGAGACCGAUGCCGUGUAAAGACGUAUCUGUAUGUGGGGUGUGAGUGCCUCCUACGCUUUGUCCAGCCCUGUGCUGUUGUGUGGUUGAUAUUCCUGGAAACGCUGGGGUAUUUAAAGAGAGUAAAUGAAAUGCUGCCGCGGGAGCAGAGCAGGAAGAUCCCGAGGUGGCAGCGACGGCCGUAGCUGUGGGGGUGAUGGACGUGUGUCACAGGGUAUCGCGGUGCACAUGUUCCUGGGGUCAUUUGUCCGUCUUGGGUUAGGCAGUGGAUGCGUUGAGUGCCUGGGGCCGUCGCUUCUGUAAACUCGGGCAGAUGCUGCAAGUCAAGAGAGGAUGCGUAGACCUGAAGUUGUGCUAGGAAUAAUAAAGCUCCCUUGGAUCAGCCUUGGAUACAGGCACUUUGGUUAUAAGUAAAGUAGGAAUGAAAAAUAAAGCCCAGUGCUUAGCCUUACUGCCUCUUCUUCAUUUUGUUACCAGGGAAAUGUCUUUACGUCUUUGUAAAAUUUUUUUUUUUUAAAGACAUAUUGUUGUUCUAAACCCUGCAAUGUUAAGGCAGCCAAAAGUGCAUACACUCAGUGGAAGCAGUGACAGGAAUAGUGUGAAUCGCCUGUGAAACGCUCU